AUGGCUUCUGAAUCCGCUAUGAACGGCACCUUCGUCCCUCAGAAUGGUUAUGGCUCGAUAGAUCAGUCUGGCUACACCGCCCCCAGCUACCCUUCCUCUGCGCCUUCCCAAUCGAACAACUCUGCUGCCGACAUUCCCAAGGACGAGGUCGGCUGGUACUUCGUGGAGCAAUACUACACGACCCUCAGCCGCAGCCCCGAAAAAGUCUACCUCUUCUACAACAAGCGCUCACAAUUUGUCUCUGGCAAUGAGACCGAGAAGGUCGAAGUCUGUGUGGGACAACGGGCCAUCAAUGAACGCAUCAAGGAGCUUGACUUUUCCGAAUGCAAGGUCCGCGUCACCAAUGUCGACUCGCAGGCCUCGGAUGACCACAUCGUCAUCCAGGUCAUUGGUGAGAUUUCCAACAAGUCGGCUCCUCAUAAGAAGUUCACCCAGACUUUCGUUCUCGCUGCUCAGACUAACGGCUACUUUGUGCUGAACGACAUCUUCCGUUACAUCAUUGAGGAGGAGGAUGAGGCCGAGGCAACCGAGGAGUCCGCUGCUAUUCAGGAGCCUGCCCCCACUGCUGUCCAGGAGCCCGAGCACGAGACCUUGACCAGCUCCGAGGACCCUGUUGCCAUUGAGAAGGACGCUGCCAAGGUUGACAAGGAGAUCGAGGAGAAGAUCCUUGCUGACAAGCCCGAGGAGACCGCCGCUCCCACCGCUGUCGCCGAUGACUUGCCCAAG